AUGGGCUCAGGCAGUACAAAACUCUUAUCAUAUGAGGAAGCCUGCAAACGUUUUUUUCCUUCUGAUUUGGAAAGAAUUGAAUUAACAUUCCGUGAUAUAACAAAUGGAUCCGGCCAACUUUCAUUUAAUAAUUUUAAACGAGACGUAUUUGGAAAUUUUCUCCCCGAAAAACUCGCUACGCGUUUAUAUAAAGUGUGUAUGGGUAAUUCAAAAUAUGGAAUGACUAUUAAAGAUCUCAUCGUAUGCUUAGCAAUAAUUUAUUAUGGGAAAUCGAAAGAACGAAUGCAACUUUUGUAUGCUAUUUUUACAUUUCAACGUUCAACAUUUAAUCGGCAAGUUGUCGAAGAAUUUAUUGCACAAUGUGGUGAAACAACACCCGAAGAAUUGCAAACGUUAUUUUACAACGAUGGACAUAUAUCACAAGAAAGUUUUGUCAGAUGGUUCGAACAACAUCGUGGAAAUACAACCAUUUUCACCGAUUGGUUAAUGGAUGACAAUAUUCUACAUGAAUUAGCAUCUAUCAUUGAUGAUAAAAGUGAUCAAUUUGCGAUAUUAGCUAGUGUAACAUAUUUGAGCGAUAAAGAAGUACUGGAUUUGGAACGCUGUUAUAUUCAGCUUCAUUCAACUUCUCGAAGACAGAUGAAUACGGAAACAUUUUCUAAACUAUUAUCACCUGUAUUCCCUCCAAUUCUCAUUCCAGGAUUUUUUGAUGCAUUUGAUGAAAACCAAGAUGGUACUAUCGAUUUUAAAGAAUUUGUGUGUGGAAUCAGUGCGGCAUGUCGCGGUUCUAAUACGGAACGCUUUCAAUUUCUAUUCAAAGUAUUUGACCGUGAUCAUGAUCAUUUGUUAAAUAAAGCAGAUAUUAUUCAUAUGGCAUCGUGUUUGAUUGAUGUAGCACAAUUUACAUACCAGAUAAAGUCUUUACAUGUCGUCGAUUCACCAGAAGACUUUGCUAAAAAUAUAUUAAACGAAAAUGGACAGGAUCAUGUUGUUAAUCAAGAAGAUUUUUUAGAAUGGUGUAAAAACGAGCUUCUUAUAUCUGAAUUGCUCAGUUUAAUAUUUCAAAUUUGUCAUGUUGUAUUAGGCCUAAAACCAUCCAAUAAAGAAGAAGAAGCACUGAUAAUCAAAACAUUCCUUAAACGUGAACAAUAUCCAUUUAUUGAACCUCAAUCACACGCGUCUUCAAAAGGUGAUCGAAAUCGUUCGACGACAAAACCCGGUUCUAACUGGUAUUUGAUUAAUAUUGAAUGGUGGAAAGAAUGGGAACAAAAAAUUGGUACAAGAUAUAACUAUUCACAAACAAAUUCAAAAAAUCAACGUUAUAAUCAAUCAUCAUCCGACAUACAACAAUUGACAACAUCAUCUCCAUUAAAUAAAACUCGUUCAGCACUAAAAUUAACAAAAAAUUCUUCCUCAAAAACCGGUCAAAAUGGAUCUGCUACUGAUUUAAGUAAACCAGGCGAUAUUGAUAAUUGGCCUUUAAUAGAAAAACAUUCUCCAUCGUCUAGUAAAUUUACAUUUAUAAAUGAUGAAUGCAUUCAAUUAAAAUCAAAUCUAAAAUAUUCUAUGGAUUAUGAAAUGGUUCCUGAGGUACUGUGGAAUUUUAUUAAAAACUUUUAUCGUUGUAAGAUAGCCAUAUGUAGAAAAGUAACGUAUGAACGAAAACGAAUGAAACCCGAAUUAGAACUUUAUCCGUUGUCUAUAAAGAUUUAUCGUAACCAAAUGAUUUCACAACAACAGACGUCAAAUAAUAAUUAUAAUAAUAGUACUAAUAACAGUGCUACGACACCUCAUCAUUCCAUGUAUUUUGUUUAUCCGUUAAUUAAUUUUGUAUCUGCCAGUAUGUUUGGUAAUGGUUCAUCCACAAACGUAUCACGACAUUAUUUGGCAAAUACACAUUUUGUUAGUCCACAUCAAACAUUAAAAUCUAUCGCUGAAGAAUUAGCUUUUAAAUAUGGAGUGCAGUUGGAUGAAGUUCGAUUAUGGUUAAGAUAUGGAGAGAAUAAUUUACGAUGGUUAGACUUUGAACAAGAUGAUUUGACAUGUCAACAAGCUUCCAUUCAAAAUGAUAGUGAAAUAUUAUUCGAAGUUCGAAAUAAUGACUUGACAUGGCCAGAAGAAUUGUAUACAUUGACAACAUCAGCAAUGAAAACAAAAUCAAAUGAAAAUAAAGAGACAUCAUCGACCGUUGUUAGUGCUGGCACUACUGGUUUAAGUAAUUUAGGGAAUACAUGUUUUUUAAAUGCUGCUGUACAAGCUCUCAGUUAUACACAUCCGUUGACACAUUAUUUCUUAGAAAAAUAUCAUUUAUUCGAAAUAAACAAAGACAACCCAAUCGGUAUGCAAGGAAAUAUAGCUUUACGAUAUGGACAGUUAGUAGAUAAACUAUGGAGUGGUGUGAAAGGACCACUUGCUCCCUUCGAACUACGCGAUUCAGUGGCUAAGUUUGGCUCGUCAAGAUUUACAGAAUUUCAACAACACGAUACCCAAGAAUUUCUUUCCUUUUUACUUGAUGGAUUACACGAAGAUUUAAAUCGUGUCCAUCAUAAACCAUAUGUGGAAUUAAAAGACAGCGAUGACCGACCAGAUGAAGAUGCAAUUGUGGAUUUAUUUCAUGGUCUAUUGAAAUCACAAGUGAAAUGUCGUGUUUGUGAAUUAAAAAGUGUUCGAUUCGAUCCAUUUAAUGUUUUGUCAUUACCAUUACCAUCAGAAGAUUUAAUUUAUUUGGAAGUGAAGUUAAUACGACUCGAUGGCUCUGUCCCUAUUAAAUAUAGCAUUAAAGUUGGUUCUGAUUCAACAUUGUUGUAUGUUAAACAACAACUAGCUGACUUAUCAUCACUCUCCGUUGAUAAAUUAUCAUUUUUCGAUGUUACUUAUUAUUCUUUACGUCGUAUUGAACGUGAAACAUCAAAAGUUAAAUUAAUCGGUAAUUUCAAAGACUUGUGUGCAUAUGAAAUUCCAUUACCAGUUUCAAUUGACACUAAACAAUCGGAUCAAGAAGAUACAACGACCUCACAAUCGCUCAAUUCUCCACGUACCCUUCAACUUUACCGUCCAUUGCUGUUUAUUACUGCAUACCAUCGACGUCUCGAACGUGCUGAACGUUACAUAUCACCAGUGACUCGAUAUCGUAUAGUUUUUUUUGGACAACCAAUUAUAACGCCAUAUUAUUCAUUGUCUUCCACAUCGAUAAUAACGAACAAAGAUUUGUAUAAAAAUGUUUGUAACCAAAUCAGUAGAUUAUUAAGAAAUGUUAAAUUCGAUAAACCAGUAAAUCAUGCAGUUGAUUGUAAUAAUUCUUUAGCAGAAUCUUAUCCAUUUACGUUGAAAAGUGUGACAGAAGAUGGGCAAAAAUGUUCAAAAUGUACAUGGAACAGAUUUUGUCUUGGAUGUAAAAUUGAAAUAAACGAUGAGCAAUACAAUUACACUAAUGGUACAAUAUGUAUCGAUUGGGAGCCAGCUGAUUAUUAUCUGAGCUAUCUAGCCGGAAGAGAACUGGAAGUAAUCAAUCAUUCGAGUAUAGAACUUCGUUCACAACAACAAUUUAAUAUUGAUGAUCCAAUUCGCUUGGAAGAUUGUUUAGAAUCAUUUAUUCAAUGGGAAAAUUUAGAUGAAAAAGAAACGUAUUAUUGUAAAAAAUGUGAAAAACAUCAACAAGCUGAUAAAAAAUUAGAUAUUUGGAAACUGCCACCGAUACUUAUAUUCCAUGUAAAACGUUUUCAAUUGUACAAUAAUCGUUGGAUAAAAUCGUCUCGUUCUGUUCGAUUUCCCAUUCAUUCGUUUGAUCCAUCUGUAUAUCUGGCAACAAGAACACCGACUUCACAAACUGAACCAUUUUCUUCUACAACCACAAACUCAGUAAUUGAUUCAAAUAGUAACGAUCACCAUUCAUCAUCUUCAUCCGCUUCUUCGUCAUCAUCACCUUCUUUGUCAUCCAAAAAAAAACGUCAAACUGAACAAUCAACACAUCGUAGUGGUGAAGUAUUAUCACCAGUGCAUUUCUCUAAUGACUCUGAUUAUUCAUCGAAUCAAAAUAAUAGUGUAAAAUCGAAAGUAAAAACGAAAUUUAGUAGAAAUAAAAAGUCAUCCAUUACUCCUAUGCAUACCGAAAUAUCCAAGUCAUCACCAACUAGAUUCAAAAAGCAAUCACGAAAACUAAAAAUGAGUUUUGGUGAAAAUAGUUUUGAUGCUGAUAAUGCUGCUUAUCAUCUUUAUGCACUUGUGUGUCAUCAUGGAGUGAUCGGUGGUGGCCAUUACGUUGCAUUUGUGAAAAAUCGUACGAAUCAACAAUGGUAUUGUUUCAAUGAUAGUUUAGUGAAGCCCGUCAAUGAAAGUGUUUUGGAACAGUAUUCAAGUGCUGCCUAUUUAUUAUUUUAUGAACGUGAAGGUUUAAACUAUGACAGAUAUAUGCCUGAUAUUGAUGAUAAAAGGCAACGUCUACCGCCAAAUCCUGCUAAACCUGGCUCGAUAAAGGAUCCUGAAGCUGAGGGUCUUUUUUCCAAAGAGGAUCCAGAGAAAUUAUUUGUUGAUUUACGUGAAAUUGGACAUGGAAAUUUUGGUGCUGUUUAUUAUGGUCGCAAUUGUGAAACAUCGGAAGUUGUUGCCAUUAAAAAAAUGAAUACUGGACGAAAACAAAAUGCUGAGACAUGGCAAGAUAUUUUGAAAGAAAUCAGAUUUUUGCGUGAGCUGAAUCAUCGACAUUGUAUAGCCUACAAAGGAUGUUAUCUAAAAGAACAUACCACAUGGCUCGUGAUGGAGUAUUGCGUUGGUUCAGCUUCCGAUUUAAUUGAAGUGCACAAAAAACCAUUGGAAGAAGGUGAAAUCGCAACAAUUGUCUAUGAUACCCUAUCAGCACUGAAUUAUCUUCAUUCAAUGCAUCGCAUUCAUCGAGAUAUCAAAGCUGGAAAUAUAUUGUUAACAGAAGAUGCCAUUGUUAAAUUAGCGGAUUUCGGUUCGGCAUCAUUUAGUAGUCCAGCUAACAGUUUUGUUGGCACACCGUAUUGGAUUGCACCGGAAGUAAUACUGGCCAUGGAAAAUGGACAAUAUGAUGGCAAAGUGGACAUUUGGAGUCUGGGAAUCACAUGUAUAGAAUUAGCUGAGAGAAAGCCUCCAUUGUUCAAUAUGAACCCGAUGAGUGCAUUAUAUCAUAUAGCACAAAACGAACCACCAGUUUUAAGCGAACCAGAUUCUCAUACAGUCGAUUUUGUUUCAUUUAUUGAUGUAUGCUUGCAAAAAGCACCAAGUGACAGACCAACUGCAAAUGAAUUACUGACGACUCCAUUUAUAACGAGUAAAAGUAAUCGUGAAAUAUUGAUUGAUUUAAUACGUCGAACCAAAGAAGCUGUACGAGAGUUUGAUAAUAUUCGUUAUCGGAGAAUGAAGAAAAUAUUAAUGGGACAAGAAAGUCCAAAAGAUACGAGUGAUAUUUCGUCAUCAAAUGUUGAUAUUUUGGAUGACGGAAGUAAUGGUGCACCGGAUUACUUCAAUUCAAUCGAUGAUGAAGAAAAAAGUAGUGAUUAUCCAACAUAUCACGAUGACGAAAGUCUUAAUUCAAGUCGUUCUAGUCUUCAACAACCGUCAAUAAUAACACCAGCGUGUAAUGCAAUUACUAAUUUAGUUAUGAACGGUUUGCCAAAUGGUCGGUUAUCCGAUGUACAUAAUCAAUCUUAUGUGUCGCCAUCAAGUACUCAAAAUAUUCCCUAUAAUAACAGACGUUUUUCUUCUGGUGAUAAUCGUAUACAUCUCCAUCCGCCACCUCCUUUAACAACUGAGCGUCAAAGUACUAAUGAAUCAACUUUAUCAGUUCGAGAGUCAGAUACGACUACAUCCGACUCACUCAGUUGCAUAUCUCCACGUUUAAUAAAUGAAUUUUCAACAAUUAAAACAUCGAGAAUUGUGAUUCGGGAACAUCAAGAGCAUGAUCAGGAAGACCAACAACGAGAACAAUUUCGAGGUUACAAACAGAUGCGUAGACAGCAUCAAAAACAAUUAAAACAGUUUGAAGAACGUUGUCGACAAGAAAAAGUUGACUUACGGAAUAAACUUGAACGUGAAUACAAUCAAUCUCAAGAACAAGUUAUUGCUGAUAAUAAUCGUAUAUUAGAAAAACAUCGAAAAGAAUCAGCUGAUCGAGUAAAUGAAUAUCAACGUUGUCAACAGGCAACAAAAUGUAUGUCUGUUUUGUUAUUUAAGGUGAAAUACAAUCAAAACCAACUAAGAAAAUUAGAGCGUGAACAAGAAUCUGACUACGAUACAGAAUUAAAAUGUUUUUCAGCUGAACAACAACGAAGUUAUAAAAUGAAGAAAGAGGCGCUCAAAAAGGAAAUUUUGAGUUCUUCACAACCAAAAAAUAAAAAAGAGGAAGAAAUACGUAAAUUAAAAGAAGAUUUACAAAUGAAGUUGAGAAAUGAUGAACAAAAUUUACGAACAAAAUUAGAACACGAUCAUACAGUUAAAAAAUUACAAUUAAGAAGACGAAGAUUGUUGUUAUUACAUGUUUUAGAGCAAAAAUUGUUUGAAGAAAAGUGUGCAAAAAAUAUGGAUCAUAUUAUUGCAAGGCAUUCAUUGUUAAAAAAACAUCAUGAACAGACGAAAGAACUUGAAUUGAAACAAUUACAAAAUUUACACAAAAUGCGUGGUGAAUUUACCAAUAAGCAACAUCAUACAGAAAUAGCUAAUUUUGGUGAAUAUAAUGCGAGAAGACAGAAAGAAUUGAUAAAACAACACGCAUUUAAUCAAAAACAAUUUCCAAAAAAUAUUAAAAUCAAACAAGCUGAUAUAAAAAAGCAAUAUAAAGAUGCUUAUAAUACUCAAACACGUCAAUAUAAAGCAUUAAAAGAGAAAACACGUUCAGAUAAUCCAACGCUAUCACGUGAAGAGUUAGAAUUAAAAUUAAAGCAAAUUAAAGAUGAACAACGACGAAAAUUUGAUUUAUUAUAUCAGCGAUACGAAGAAACCAUUCAAAAAAUGCUUGAUCAGCAAAACAUUAAACUAAAUGCUGAUCAAGAACAAGAACGAAUGAAUUUAAAACAAAUAUUAGAUGAAGAUCAACGAAAUUUAACAGCACUACAAGAAGAAAGUCGUUUAAGAAUGGAACAACAAAAUAUGGACGAACGGCGACAAUUAGAUAGAAAUAUUGAUGAUAGACUAACACAAUUAAAUAAGCAGAUGGAACAAGAUUUAGCGGCGUAUAAUGAAGAUCGCACACGUCAAUUUCAAAUAUUACUAGAACGUCAACGUCGUGAAUUAGAUGUUAUUGAUAAUGAAAUUACACAUCUUGGACUCAAUGUCAAUGAUUUAAUUGAUAACGUUCAAGAUAUGACUUUUUUAAAUAUAAAUGAGGAUAAUAAUACUAUUAAUCAUUCAUCAAUGGAUGGUUCAAUCAGAUUACCCUCGUCAAAUACUUCCAAUCAUAAUCAAAACUAUCAUUAUUUUCAACAACAGCAACAACAAACGACUAAUCCAUCAAAUGGUACGAAUGGACAGCAGCAACAGCAAAUUCGCUAUUAUGCUGAUCGUAGUUCAAUAAUAAGUUUACAGCGUAGUCGUAGUUCAAAUUCAUUUCAUAAUAAUAAUUCAUCGACAGCAGUCAUAUCGACACAAUCUCCACAACCAAUUUUAUAUACAAAUUCGAACAAAUAA